AUUUAGAAAUUUUGGACAGGCGCUUGAGAGCUUCAUAUGAACUGGGACAGUCCAAUCAACCAACAGUCUCUUUACAAGAACAAUCCACAAAACUCCCCCAAAUACCAAUUGCCGAACUGAGAAAGUUGGGCAAUUUGCGACAAGUCCUCAUACAAACCAACAUUCUCAGAAGUCCACAAGCACGACAAUACACAAUGGGCCGCGACCUCCAAAAGCGCAAAGCGCGCUCCUCGCGCCCGACAACCAAACAACCCUCCUCGAACCGCCCCAAACGCAUCCCCAACCCGCUCGGUAACGACAUAAUCGCACGUAACUGGGACAAGAACCUCACAACAGCGCAGAACUACCGGCGUCUAGGCCUCAUCUCGCACCUGAAAGCGCCCACGGGCGGCAUCGAACCAGGCCUGCGCAUCCACGGCGCCACACAGAAGACCAAGGGCAAAGGUCAGGGCAUGAGCACGAGCACCAAGCCCGUGGACCCGUUCGCCAUUAAGCCCGCGGGGGCCGAGACCCUAUUCCGCGAGGCGCGGGUGGAGCGGGAUGAGGAGGGGAAGAUCGUUAGAGUGAUUGAUUUCGGAAGAAAAGAACCGAAGCCAAAUCCACUGAAUGAUCCGUUAAACGAUUUGGAUACGGAUCCCGAGGAUGAGAUGAACGAUGACGGGGAGACGUGGGGUGGAAUUGAUGGCGAGGGCGAAGAGACGACGGAGGUGGUGAAGGCGCUCGAGGCGGAGGCGAAUCGGCCCGUGGAGAGGAAGGUGAGAGGGUUGAGUGCAAGGGAGAAGGAGUGGUUGGAGAGCUUGAUUGAGAGGCACGGCGAGGAUACGAGGGCUAUGUUUAGGGAUAGGAGGCUGAAUCCCAUGCAGCAGACUGAGGCGGAUAUUGCGAGGAGGAUUAGAAAGUUGAAGGGUGGGUCAUGAUGGAGUCGGCUGGCGUGGCUGGAUGUCUGCGAAUGACAAGUCCAGUGGGCCUACUGAUGCAUGAGAUGGCGUUGGGAAUUUAUUUGAUACAAUGUGCGUUAGUCAAUAUAUUGGCUAGCUGUCAAGGCCACUAGACGGGCUGUAUAAGCCAUGCUCACUGUUUCGGUACAGACUGUCGGGUCCCGAGUAUUGGGAGCUAUAUUCGUACUACGAAGAUGCGUGGGGAAGAACCGCCGCAUUGCGCCCCGGGGAUUCCUAGAUACACUAGUUCGUGCCUGGAUGCCGGGUACUCCUCUAUUCCUGGGGCCACAUUUGCCCUCACAUACACUAGGAAAAGCCCUGGUGUCGCUCUACUCGCUGCGAACCUUGUCGCUGAAGGAGCUCUGCGAAUGC